AAAACUGCCAUUUACUGUAACACAGUGUCUCUUUUGCUUUUUAUUUAAUCUUCUCUGUAUUUUCAUCCCUUCCUGCCUUUUUUUUCUGUCUUCUGCAGAAGAAUCCUCUGACACAGUGAGGGCGGCAUCAUAUAUCUUCAUUGGAGUGGGCGCUCUAUCAAUGGCCAUGGGUUUCUUCGGCUGCAUAGGAGCCAUCUAUGAAAUCCGUUGUCUACUGGGACUGUACUUCACCUGCCUUCUGCUCAUCCUCGUUGCUCAGGUCACUGCUGGAGUUCUCGUUUACUUCCAGAGAGAUCUGCUGAAACAUGAGAUGUCUGAAAUCAUUAGGAGGAUGAUAGUCAACUACACUGGUCAGAACAAGACCACGGAGCACGCCUGGGACCUCAUUCAGAAGAAAGUGAGACCCCCAGAACCUUUGGAGAAGAUACAAUCCCACAGUAUCACCCAUCCUCUACUGUACUUCAGGGGUUGCAUGACCAGCGUGGAGAAAUGGCUGAUGGAUAAUUGUGGAAUAAUUCUGGGGAUCUGUGUCGGUGUGGCCGUGGUCGAGCUUCUGGGAAUGAUCCUCUCCAUGUGUCUGUGCAAGAGUGUCGUCCGGGAGGAUUACAGCAAAGUACCGAAGUACUGAGCCGAGCACAGAGCCAGCCAGACGUUAAACACAGACGGACGCUCUUUCCCUCUCUCUCCUCCAUGCACCAAAGCUCUCACGCAUAUUAAGACGGCUGUCUUCAGCAAUUGAGGUUCUCGUGUCUUUGACAGCUGUGCAAAAAAGCCUCACUCCCUCAGCCAGCGUGUCCCUCUGUCAGACACAGCUCUCACUCAACACGUUGAAUAUUUAAUAUUCUACAAUUUGAUGGGUUUCACAUUAUGUAUUUUCUUAAAAGGUUUUUAAGAAUUUCCUGAUUAAAUACCAUGCAAACGUCCUUGUAGGUUUUAGUGGUUUUGCUGCCGCCUCGGCCGACCUUGGCGAAGCAUUUUAGUGACAUUUGUUGAGCUGUUUUUUAGGCAGGCAGAUGGCAGGGAACCAGAGAGUGUGUUUGUAGGCCCUAUGAAGGAUUACUGCCUCCCUGUGAUCAUGCACCUGGUAUUUUAAUGCCGAGUAAGGGUUCUGUUUAGGGCCGCAGCGAUGGAGGUCUUUGGCUCCGUACGGAAUCAGCUCUCUGCCCCCAAUAACCCUGACAUUAGCCUCCACUGACCCCUCCUCCUCCUCGAUAUUGUUAUCCAUCAUCCUCUCAAUCUUACGGAGUCCCUCUGAUGACAUGGUCAAAAAAAAUGUUUAAUUGUGGCCACAAAGUAGUAUUUCGUGCGCAUGAAGUAGUAUUUCGUGGCCACGCAAUAAGUUUAACGUGCGCACGAA